GACUAGGAAGAAAGGCCUGGCAAUCAUCUGGAGCCAGUGAAAACCCUAUGAUCACAACAGUAUGAUUCCUUGUGCAUGAGGCCGCCAUGAAUUGGAGACUGAGUUGACAACAGUUAAUGGUGCCUUCUUUGGCUUGUUGUGAGAAGUUAAGAGUUGUUGCUUACGGAGGAUACAAUAAGUGGCCAGGGCCCCAGUGAGGCUCAUAUUUUAGUCAGUAGAUUGGUAUGUUCAAUAGACAUGUAAAUGAAUUAUGAUCUAAAAGCAUGGAAAAGUACAAUAAUAGGCUGGGUGAAAAAACAGGAAACAGAAUUAUGUUAGUAAAUUGGUGCUAACGAUGGGCUGACCUGUGGGCAAGGCCUAAUGUGGAGACAGAAAAAUAAGGACUAUAUGAAGUGGUUCGUAUGAUGGGGCAUUAACAAAAAAUUCAAUAUUGUGGCUUGAAACCAACUCAGUCAACACCUGCUUGGCCACUUGUGUUUGGCUACCAUUCUGCGGCAUCUCACUGCAAGCUGGACACAUCAAUCUCUCUUUACAGAGGAAGAAACUGAGACUCAGACUCAGAAAGGUGAAAUGUCUUGCCCAAGACUGGAAGAGAAAGACAAGAUUUGAACCAAGUUGAUGGGACUCCAGAGACCCUGAAUGUUGAGAGGAACAUGCCACCCAAGCGCAUAGCUAAGAGAAGAUCACCCCCAGAAGAUGCCACCCCCAAAAGCAAGAAAGUGAAGGACCCUCGUAACCAGGCAGUGAGGGCCGCCGCCCCCCACCGUGUUGCCGGCGCCCGCUCCUGCCAAGGUGCCUACGGGCCCAGCCCUCCUGACCAGAAAACCCGACCAGUCUCUCAUAGGUCCCACAGCACAGAACCAGGCAUGGUACUGACACUGGGCCAGGGUGAUGUGGGCCAGCUGGGGCUGGGUGAGAAUGUGAUGGAAAGGAAGAAGCCAGCCCUAGUGCCCAUUCCAGAGGAUGUUGUUCAGGCUGAGGCCGGGGGCAUGCACACAGUGUGUCUAAGCAAGACUGGCCAGAUCUACUCCUUCGGCUGCAAUGAUGAAGGUGCCCUGGGAAGGGACACAUCAUUGGAGGGCUCAGAGACGGUCCCUGGGAAAGUAGACCUGCAGGAGAAGGUGGUACAGGUAUCAGCAGGAGACAGUCACACAGCGGCUCUCACCGAGGAUGGCCGUGUCUUCCUCUGGGGCUCCUUCCGGGACAAUAAUGGAGUGAUUGGGCUCUUGGAGCCCAUGAAGAAGAGCAUGGUGCCUGUGCAACUGCAGCUGGAUGUGCCCGUGGUGAAGGUGGCCUCUGGAAACGACCACCUGGUGAUGCUGACGGUUGAUGGCGACCUCUACACCUUGGGAUGCGGCGAGCAAGGCCAGCUGGGCCGUGUGCCUGAAUUAUUUUCUAACCGUGGUGGCCGGCAGGGUCUUGAACGACUGCUUGUCCCCAAGUGUGUGAUGCUGAAAUCCAGGGGAAGCCGGGGCUAUGUGAGGUUCCAGGAUGUCUUCUGUGGUGCCUACUUUACCUUUGCCAUCUCCCAUGAGGGCCAUGUAUACGGCUUUGGUCUCUCCAACUACCAUCAGCUUGGAACCCCAGGCACAGAAUCUUGCUUCGUACCCCAGAACCUGACAUCUUUCAAGAACUCCACCAAGUCCUGGGUGGGCUUCUCUGGUGGCCAGCACCAUACAGUCUGCAUGGAUUCAGAAGGAAAAGCGUACAGCCUAGGCCGAGCUGAGUAUGGGCGGCUGGGCCUUGGGGAGGGUGCUGAGGAGAAGAGCACACCCACCCUCAUCCCCAGGCUGCCUGCUGUCUCCUCAGUGGCUUGUGGGGCCUCUGUAGGGUAUGCUGUGACCAAGGAUGGUCGCGCUUUCGCCUGGGGCAUGGGCACCAACUACCAGCUGGGCACGGGGCAGGACGAGGACGUCUGGAGCCCUGUGGAGAUGACAGGCAAACAGCUGGAGAACCGUGUGGUUUUGUCUGUGUCCAGCGGGGGCCAGCACACAGUCUUAUUAGUCAAGGACAAGGAACGGAGUUGAUGAAGCCCCUGAGGGCCUGGCUUCUGGCCCCUCAGCCUCCCUGAUGGAUCAGGGAAGCAGUGACGACUACAGGUUCCAGCAGCCCUCCCCUCAACCCUGAGCACUCUGUCAUCUCUUGCCUUUUUUCUCAUCAGCAGAACAGAAUCCCUUUAUUCUUUUUUUUCCUCCUUUCGGGGGUCAUCCUGGGACCUGCAAGAUGAAGGGCUGGAUGGAAGAGGGGAGGGGGCUUGUGUCAGAAAGAACAUUGCUCACCUCAGAGCUACAUGGUUAGCCCUUUUCCCCCACAUCCCUACCUCUCAGGGCCCUGGCUGGUCUUGGCCUUGCCCACCAAAAAAACAAAACUUCUCCCCUAAGGGUUUGGUGCCUACACUCUGAACAGUUUGGGCUCUAUCAAGCCCUGCCCUAGUCAUGUGCCACUCUUCUUGUCCCUAACAGUACACAGACAGACACAUGGUACAGUCUCCAGACCCAGCUGUCAUGGCUCCAUGCCUUGGAGAAAUUGGAGAAGGGACGGGGCUAGCCAGCCAUGGGCUGCACCUAUCCAAAUAUUUGGCUCUGAACAAGUGUCCACAGGGCAAAAAAGACAAUGAUCUUCCACUUGACUGAGAAAAAAGCCACCUAGUCAUUCUCCCAGAAGCACAAAGCAUUCUCCUGCCCCUUGGCACUGCCUGCUUAUCUGACCCGUCAGACCUGCCUCACCUACAUCCAAAAGCCCGAAACACAGAAAGGAAACUAGGCAGGGCAGGGCAUGUGGGGACAGGGGAUGGAGGGUUUUUUAAACGAACUUAUAGAAAUAAUGAGGAAGGGUGGAGGGAGGGAGGGGGAGAGGAUUGGGGGGCAGGGGCUGGUCCCAAGAAAGGGAAGCGGCAGCUUGUACAGUGGCUGAGAACAUAGAAAAUAGUUUUGAUUUUUUUUUUAAUGUAAAAUAUUUUGGAGGAGAGAGUGAAAUCUUUUAACAUUUUAAAUAAAUUUAGAGUUUUCUAAAAACAGGCCCCUUGUUUUCUGCACACUCCCUGCUUUUUAAAGGGAGCACCUGUUGUGUGCUGGGUGCUGUUGGGAAGGGUAGAAUAAACCCAUGUCUGUGAACCUGGUGCCAGGGCUAGGGCUUAAGUGAUGUAAGAUGCCUGAGGUGCUGGCAUGUGCUGGUCAGCUGCUGACAUGGUUGUUCCAAAGACUCCAGAUCCACACAACCAAAGUUGAUUGAGUUUUGUUUGGAUAUUUACGUGUUGGGAAUCACUGGCUUUUUUUUUUUUUAGUUAUGCUGCAUAGUCAAGAGAA